AUGACGUUUAUCGCCAAGACCUUCUACGACCUGAAGGCCACCACGCUGGAAGGCAACCCGGUGGACUUCAACGUGUUCCGAGGGCGAGUGGUACUGAUAGAGAAUGUGGCCUCGCUCUGAGGCGCCGCCAGCCAGGACUUCAGCCAGCUCAACCAUCUCCAGAGCAGGUACCCACAUCGGCUGGUGGUCCUGGCCUUCCCCUGUAACCAGUUUGGAUAUCAGGAAAAUUGUACCAAUGAUGAGAUCCUUAAUUCACUCCAACACGUGCGUCCGGGCGGAGGAUUCCAACCUAACUUCACCAUCUUUGAGAAGUGUGACGUGAAUGGAGCAAACACUCAUCCUGUCUUUGCCUAUCUCAAAGACAAACUCCCAUAUCCAGAAGACGACCCCAACGCUCUCAUGGAGGACCCCAAAUUUCUGGUUUGGCGUCCCGUCAACAGGACGGACGUCUCUUGGAACUUUGAGAAAUUCCUCAUAGCACCCGAGGGAGAGCCAUUUAAAAGAUACAGCAGAAAGUUCUCCACUAUUGACGUAGAGCCUGAUAUUCAAAGAUUAUUAAAGCUAACCAAAACGUAAGAAUGAUGGCUUUUUAAUUCACACAUUUAAGUCUUAUUUCAUGAGGGUGAUAUGUUGAAAUGCAAGACGGAUAUCAUCUGAAGCUCCAUAAGUGCUUAAAGGUCGUGGAUGCAUCAAGUCAACUCUUCUGUUCUCAAUGUAGCUAAUUUUAAGUUAAUAUGUUAUGCAUUUGUCUGGCCAGAAGAUGGGGCCAUACACUUGAUUAAACA